UUUCUGGACUCUUGGACUUACGAUUAUUGGACUUUGGAAAACCCCGGACAUCUCGGAGCUGCAUUCUCUGAACUGAGUAAAGAGAACAAGUCAAGUGUGAAACAGGCAGAAACGCAGACAAAUCAGUUCUUUAAAACAUUGAACAGUGUUGAAUCUAAACUAACAGAACAAAUCAACUACCUAACUCAAGUGUCAACAGGUCAACCUCAUGAAGGAUCAGGCUACGCUUCUCAGAAAGUCCUGCAGAUGGCGUGGCACAGACUUGAACAUGUUCGGAGUAGGGUGAUGGAGCUAGACAGGAUCAGUCGAAUAAACAAGGAACGCAUGAAUCAAAGUCAAGAACGAAUGAAUCAAGCUCCUCCGCCACCAGGUCCAAAACAGUGAUUUUUGAAAGCGACACCAACAAUCACAAUUUCUGUGAAGCAUUUUGCGCCUUUUUGAUGUUAUCUUGAGUUAUACCAAUUUGUUCCUUCAAGGUGUUUUAACGCUGAAGCAAUUGUUGAAAUUGAUCAGCGGGUCUGAGGUGCUUGGAAAAACACAUCAUUAAAUGUCACUCAUUUUAACUUUUUUUGCCAUUUACAUCUGAAAGACGAUUUGUUAGUUUGUGCUGUUGUGAACUAUUUAUGCAUUUUUAAAAACUCAUUUCAUUGUGGGGUUUAAUGAGUGUAACUUUACGUUAUUUAUGGAAACAGAAUAUGAUAAUUCUAAUUUGUAUUUAUAGUCAAAAGUAUAAGGAUGAACUGAG